CAGUGCUGUACUUCAGCGACGCCGCGAAUGUGCGUCCACAGUAGCUUCUAAUGGCAACGCAGUGGGCGAAAUUGAUUGAUUGAUUGCUUGAUGGGUGCGAAGAAGCAUUAUGUUGUGUUCGGAGGUGGCGCCGCUGGGCUGGAAGACUGGUGGCCAUGGGUCAAGUUGCAUUCGCUCUAGGGUUUCAUUUUUGCGACGAGUCGAGACUGUGGCUGUCUUCUUUGAUUCGCAACCGUAUCCGCAUCAGUUGCUGCAUGCAGAUUUCCGAAGCGACUGAAAUCAGACAAGUACUUUGAGUACAAGCGGAUACUUUAUGAAACAAAAUCGGCGUUUGUGAGAAAAGGAAUAUCUUUUCCGUGAAACUGUAAAGAAAUGCCAACAUCCUGUCCCUGCCAUGGCCCUGAGGAUCCUUUUGAUGGAGCUUAUGCAGCGAACAAACUUGAAGAACUGAAAGAAUUUGAGUUGCAUGAAGAAGACGCAGAAGGCUGGUUAUAUAGAGGUGAAGGCUCUGCCAACAUCGUAUUAGCCUAUCAUGGCCGUCGACCUUCAUUUAUCGGCAGAGUUUUACGGUUACGCAAAGCUUCCAAGAAAGAUGAUGGAACUCAGAAUCAAGUGAAAAAGGAGCCCAAGCCAGUUUUGUCCGAGGAGGAGGCAAAAUUGUGGAGAGAAUGGCCAAAUAUGUCGAAGGCAACUACAUCUGCUGCAUUGGCACAUGUGUUCGCCUGUGAAGUCAUGCAACCCUUACUUGGGGAAGAUCACGUCGAUGCCGGGCUUCUCGUGUUUCUGACUACGGGCUUCUUAGAAGCCGUAAGCCGAGAUGUACUUGCUAAGCAACGAGAAUGGCGAAGGAAUGAUUCCAAGAUGGAUAUGACAGCAGGUGUUGCUCUUUUGAUCACAGAUCAUUCCUUAUUUCCUAUUGUCCCAGGAAGAGUAAAAGAUUUGCCACAAACCAUCACCAUCGAAAUCAAGCCGAAAUGGGGUUAUUUGCCAGAUGCUGCAACAAUUUCUGAAGAGAAUAGUGUAAAAAGACACGUGACACGUUUCGCUAUGCAUCAGCACCUGAAGCUUCAGCAGGGGAAGAUAAAAACCAUGAGCAAGUACUGUCCUUUGGACCUUUUCUCGGGCAACGUAGAGGGAAUUCAUAAGGCUCUCGUUCAGAUGUUUGAGACACCUCAAAACAAUAUCCGGAUAUUUUUGAAAGGAGUAGAAAUUUUUGGAGGUCCUGAAGAUGGAGGUUCGACUAAUGAACUUAUGGUCGCUUUGGAGGAGAAACUUGGAGCGGUGAUGGUAGCUCCGGAGGGGGAACGUGUACUUAUAUUUCAGCGAUUGGUGGCAAGCGUGCUAAACAAGAGUAAAGUACUGGACCAGUUGCUAAGGUUACAGAAACUGGAUACCUAUGCAAUUGAGGGCGCAAACUUGGCGUAUAGCAAGUUUACGGGGAUGACCGAUGAUGCAGGCGCAGAUGACGAAUCAGAGGCAGGUUCAGAAGAAGUUGGAGCUGAGAUUGAUUCUAGACCGGUAUCUACUGUUGGGUUUGGUAGGGUAUGUAUUGAGAAUCUAGCUUUAGAGCCAGAGGACACACAGAAGAAAAGAGACAAGGCAUGGAUCAAAUCUCUGUCCUGGGAGGAAAGUCGCUGUGUAGUUCGGAACUUUCUGAUUGCGGCAACUGCCAAAGAUUGUGGCAUUAUGCUUACAUUACGGCCAUUGUACAAUGAACACGGAACACCAUUUUCCGUACCUUCAGCUUCUGUUGCGACGUGCCCAACAACAGGCCAACAGUAUGUUAGCAAGAUUGCCUUCUUGGACUUGGAUACGAAGCGACUAAAAAAGAUACCAGUCUAUUACUCGCUUGACCAACAGAUCGUAGACACUUACAAGAAUGAAGCACCUAGACAUAUGUAACCGAUUUAUCUUGUUCGAAUGACCCAGGAAAUAUGCGCUUCUUUUAAUGAUUUCAGAAAAGUGGAAGGAUUUUCGCUGCAUCCAGUCUUGAACCUUCAAAUAUGUCUUCAUUUGCCUUAACAUCAAGAUUCUUGUGUAGUUUAAUUUUCCUUAGAAGGCAUUUUCGAAGUUUCACCAAAAACUAUGAAAUUGAUUUGCAUGUGUUAAAGAAUGGAGAUGGACUGAGGUACUGGUGUCUACCGUGAGUGUCACGGUUUUCUUACACGGUUGAAUUUAAAAUUGAAGCAGUUCAAGCAAUACAUUCACAUCUUGU